GUCCCCGCGAGGCCCCGCCCCGGCCUGGCGCCGUCCUGGGCGGGAGGAACGCGCCGCUAGGCGGGAGAGCGCGGCCAUGGCGGGGCCGGGCGUCCCCGGUGCCCCCGCAGCGCGCUGGAAACGCCACAUCGUGCGGCAGCUGCGGCUUCGGGACCGUACGCAAAAGGCGCUUUUCCUGGAGCUGGUGCCGGCCUAUAACCAUCUCUUAGAGAAGGCUGAGCUGCUGGACAAGUUCUCAAAGAAGCUGCAGCCGGAGCCAAACACUGUCACUCCCACCACCCACCAGGGCCCCUGGGAGGAGUCAGAGCUUGACUCAGACCAAGUCCCAUCACUGGUCGCACUGAGGGUGAAGUGGCAGGAGGAGGAGGAGGGGCUCCGGCUGGUCUGUGGUGAGAUGGCCUACCAGGUGGUGGAGAAGAGCGCGGCCCUGGGCACGCUGGAGUCGGAGCUGCAGCAGAGGCAAAGCAGGCUGGCAGCCCUGGAGGCCCGCGUGGCGCAGCUGCGAGAGGCGCGGGCGCAACAGGCCCAGCAGGUGGAGGAGUGGCGGGCGCAGAAUGCGGUCCAGCGGGCAGCCUACGAGGCGCUGCGCGCGCACGUCGGGCUCCGGGAGGCGGCACUGCGCAGGCUCCAGGAAGAGGCGCGCGACCUGCUGGAGAGGCUCGUGCAGCGCAAGGCGCGCGCCGCGGCCGAGCGCAACCUGCGCAACGAGCGCCGGGAGCGGGCCAAGCAGGCGCGGGUGUCCCAGGAGCUGAAGAAGGCUGCCAAGCGGACCGUGAGCAUCAGCGAGGGCCCGGACACCCUAGGCGAUGGGAUGAGGGAGAGAAGGGAGACUCUGGCUCUGGCCCCUGAGCCAGAGCCCCUGGAGAAGGAAGCUUGUGAGAAGUGGAAGAGGCCAUUCAGGUCUGCCUCAGCCACCUCCCUGACGCUGUCCCACUGUGUGGAUGUGGUGAAGGGGCUUCUGGAUUUUAAGAAGAGGAGAGGCCACUCAAUUGGGGGAGCCCCUGAGCAGCGAUACCAGAUCAUCCCUGUGUGUGUGGCUGCCCGACUUCCUACCCGGGCUCAGGAUGUGCUGGAUGCCCACCUCUCUGAGGUCAAUGCUGUUCGUUUUGGCCCCAACAGCAGCCUCCUGGCCACUGGAGGGGCUGACCGCCUGAUCCACCUCUGGAAUGUUGUGGGAAGUCGCCUGGAGGCCAACCAGACCCUGGAGGGAGCUGGUGGCAGCAUCACCAGUGUGGACUUUGACCCCUCGGGCUACCAGGUUUUAGCAGCAACUUACAACCAGGCUGCCCAGCUCUGGAAGGUGGGGGAGGCACAGUCCAAGGAGACACUGUCUGGACACAAGGAUAAGGUGACAGCUGCCAAAUUCAAGCUAACGAGGCACCAGGCAGUGACUGGGAGCCGCGACCGGACAGUGAAGGAGUGGGACCUCGGCCGUGCCUAUUGCUCCAGGACCAUCAAUGUCCUUUCCUACUGUAAUGACGUGGUGUGUGGGGACCAUAUCAUCAUUAGUGGCCACAAUGACCAGAAGAUCCGGUUCUGGGACAGCAGGGGGCCCCACUGCACCCAGGUCAUCCCUGUGCAGGGCCGGGUCACCUCCCUGAGCCUCAGCCACGACCAACUGCACCUGCUCAGCUGUUCCCGAGACAACACACUCAAGGUCAUCGACCUGCGUGUCAGCAACAUCCGCCAGGUGUUCAGGGCCGAUGGCUUCAAGUGUGGUUCUGACUGGACGAAAGCUGUGUUCAGCCCGGACAGAAGCUAUGCACUGGCAGGCUCCUGUGAUGGGGCCCUUUACAUCUGGGAUGUGGACACCGGGAAACUGGAGAGCAGACUUCAGGGACCCCAUUGGUACCUGAAUCUCUCUCAUCCAUGGAGUGUCACCAUUUUCUGAGGCUGAAAGUUCUUCCACUAGCACCGAUGGGAAAACUCCAAUACGCCCAUUGAAUUCCCCUUCCCAGAAGCCAUCGUCAUCUUGGUUUUCUUUGUUCAAGAUACGGAUUAUUGCUCCCUCAGGAAAAGAUAACUCAUCAUCUGUCUGGCCCUCAUAAUCAUAAAGUGCUUUCACAAAACAUACUAGGGAGCAAGAGAAAAACAAAUCUGGUAAGAUAAUUAACAGCCGGUUGCUUUUGCAACCACCCCUAUGCUCACAUGACAACUAAAAGAGCAUCAUACAGAAUAGGAUUAAAGUUGUAAUUUUUUUACUCACUGAUGAAUGAUUAACUUUAGGGUUCUACUGUGCAGGACAAACGUGACCAUAUAAAGAAAAGCAUAUUAUAGGACAGGAGGAAAGUUGUGCUUUUUAUCCUACUGAAGGCUUACUCCAGGGCAAUACAGUUUAGGUCAAACGUGACCAAAUAAAGAGUGCCUUGUUUCAGUCUUUA